UUCUUGCUUACGUCACCGCGCCGCCGCACGCCCCCCGCCCGCACGGCCGCACGCCGGAAGAAAAGAAGAAGCAGCUCUCGGCUCUCCGGCCCUUGAUCGGUGCAGGAUGCAAGCGGUGAGAACCCUCGUGCUGCGGCACCUGCACCUUGGCGCGAGGCCGCCGUGCUACGGGCUCGGCCCCCGCCUCCGCCGGGAGAUGAGCGCGUCGGCGGGCCAAGACGGUGGGCCUCGGGCUGGCUCCGAGUCCGAGGACGCCGUCAGGGCGCGCGUCGUUGAGCUGGUCAAGAAGUUCGACAAGGGAGAGGGGGAUGAAGGCAGCCAAAGCCGAAAUAAUAAAGGCGAAUCUUAUGCUCAAGCCGCAGGGGAAAGCAGAAGCUCUGAUGGAGAAAAUCAAAUAGCGAUAUCACACAGAGAAGAGAAGUCAAAAGCAUGCAAGUGACUACGAGCUAGGUCUACUAUUGAUACGCCUUGAGGAAGGAAGUGGUGAGACCCAGGGACAGAUCGAAGUCGAAGUAAGUGCAAAGAAAAGGGAAGUCCAGGAACUAUUUAUGCCAUAGAAACACACAUCUGCUAGUGGUGUUGUGGAGUAUUGUUCCAGUUGAUUUGACAGCUAAACUGUUUGAGACUGUUAGCAUAUGGAGAUUAGCGAACAACCAGUGACUUUCUGGAGACAACUGAAAGUCAAUGUUUUCAAUGAAUUGGAAUUAGAGCUUUCUAUGUUGCAUAUUAUUCAUUAUUUAUUAUUCAGCAUAGUUAUUUUAUUUCAUUAUGAUGGUACUAUUUAAGUUUUGAUAGCUCCUUCAUGUAAAAUUAGAACUUACCUGAUAUCAUUGGGGAAUAUUGUAUGC